AUGACGGUGGAUAAGCAAGAUUAUCACAGAGCGUCCAACGCGGUCGUUUUCGGUGGAGGACUCUCGUUCAUGGCACUCUUUCUCUUAAUGAUGGCCUUCAUAAGUCCGUAUUGGAUAGAAUCGUAUCAGGAGACGUUCAACAGCUUUAAGCACAUGGGACUUUGGGAAUAUUGCUUCGAGCAAUUCCGUUAUCCCUAUUAUCAGUUUGACAAACAAUUCAACGGCUGUCAUCAUAUAUUUUCACAAGAAUAUUAUGUCAUAAGAGAGUGGCUGCUGCCAGUAUGGCUCAUGGUAGUGCAGACAUUUGUCACAUUGGCCUUAAUGCUGUCCAUCUCUGCCUUCAUUGUAAUUGCCUUGAUUUGGACACGUUGGCCGUUGAGAUUUGUCCUGCAUUAUGAAUGGCUUCUGUCAUCCGUUGUGUUUGUAUGCAACGCAGCUGCUGGCGUGCUUCUCUUUCUGGCAGUCUCUAUAUUCGGUGGACAAUGCUGGCGUCGGGAUUGGUUAAUGUAUCCGAAUUUCAAUCACUUGUCGUGGUCAUAUGGUCUUGCUGUCAUAUCAUUCAUGAUCCACACGUUUGCCGCAUUCUUUCUUUAUUUAGACGCGCGGACAGGUUACAGACUACGCAAAGAGUCUCGUAACUUGGUGAUGCAGAUGCAGCCGAAUCCACAAUCUCAACACGCCCCGCCAAGCCGAAGCGGAUACGUAUAAAGUAAUCUCAAAUCGUGCUUUUGGCGAAAAAUUUAAUUUCCAUAUAAAUUCUUAUCGUUAUUUUUAAUGAAGAAACAAAAGAUGAGAUCUGUCUCUUAAGAAAGACUGUACACCAUCUGUGUACAAUAUUCAUCCGUCCAUUUAAUUUGUUCGUUAAAAAUAAUAGUAAAAGCUUUAUACAUA